AUGCGAUCGAGGUCCCCACCGCCGCCUGCGGGAGUUAGUGCGCACGGAGACGUGGCCCUAGGAUUGAUGAUGAACUCGGUUGCGCUUCAAUCACUUUCGACUCUUGCUUCGCUGGCCACGGUCCUACAAGCUGUUCAAGUUGGGGAUGGAAGUGGACACGGCGGCGUGGAUCUUAUUCGGGCACCCUUUGCCAUGCUAGCUGACCUGCUGGAAAAGUUUCCCCCCAAAAACUUGUUCAAGUACUGGAGCCCGCUGCCCUCAGAACCGGAGAGAAGAUUGCCUGUUGACCCUGAGACGGCCACAGCUAGCUCUUGCGCUUCGUUGGCAAGGCUCGCUGUCACUGGUGGGGUGCAUGUGGGGUGGAAGUCAACCUACACUGGUUCGAGCGUCGUUACUUGGCAGGUGGCACUAAGUGCACCAGCGACGGACCUCACAUCGGUCCAGGUGCAGUGGAGGGCAGGAGAUCCCUCCACCGGCACGGACCAGAACGCGCUUCCGCUUACACUUAGUAUUGAGGCUUCUGUAGACGGAGGGAAAGAAUGGCACGGGAUAACAGGUGGCGAUGAGGCGGUAGAUGCUGCCCUUGCCCACAAGGCAUCGCCAGGCUCGUCACAGCAUCGGUACCCGGUGUCGCUUCUCGCUCUGCGCAGGAAAACGGAGUCCCGGCGGAAAGCACUGGAAGGGCGAUCUCAUGAUGCCAUUCCUGCAGUUACACAUGUCCGACUCAAAAUGAGAGGGGCGCCAGGCGGCAGACCGGGCGGGGCGCUCAGCAUCUACGACGUUGCGAUCAAUGCCCGAGACCCCUCUGCCAGCCCGUCGGAUGUGAUGACGGUACUGCACCAGCUGCAGACGUUCUUGCUCGCCCAGCAUUCGCGGGACGAAGCGGCACUUCAGGAUUACAUUUUGCGGGCGCUGCUUGGUGUGUGCCAGGCCUCCUGCGCCCUGGAGUUCGAGCUGGACCUCGUCCGAGUGUAUAUGGAUAUGGAGAAUUAUAGCAGUCCGAGUUUGCUGGAGGAGGAAAAAUGCGGUGGCGAGUCCACGAGCGGCGCGGCAAGAGAAACCCAGACCGACAAGCUUGGGCGAACGGAAGGGCUGCAGACGUUCGUGUCAACUCUCUUGUCAGCUGCGUCUCGCGCUAAACGUCAAGCGUGCCGCCAGGAUCCGGAACGAGUCAUUCGCGACGCGGCUUUCGACCCAGCCCUGUCGUCCAAAUGGGUUGUGGUGAGCGAAGCGGGGCAGCUGGUUUCCAGCGCAGCGGACAACGGUCAUACUCAUAGCCUCCUUCACCAGUGCUUGCGCCGAGGAACAUGGUCUUGGGAACUUGCCUUGGAACGAGAGAGCAGCGGCGACGAGACCACCUGCGUAGGUGUGGCGGUCAACCCAGUGACGAACUCCUGCUACGAAGACUCCCAUCAGAUGUGGAUGGUCCGUUGCUACAGCGGAGAAACAUACAGCAAUGGUGGACGCCGCAAUCGCGUGACCCGAAAAAUCCAUCCGCUGGAUUCGGUACGCCUGACGCUAAACUGCGAAUGUGGCACGCUUAAUUUGGAGGUCAACGGGGUGGACCAAGGCGUGGUUUUCUCAAACGUACCGCCGGAAGUCCACCCGGCGGUGUGCUUCUAUGGGGUCGCCAAGUCGGUUCGGCUGGUAGAGCUGAAGCGUAUCUUCGGGGAGGGCGAUGACGAUGUGUCAGACAGCGACGAUGAGAGUGACGCAGAAGCGACGCCAGUGCAGACCCCACCGGCUGCGCAGCACGAACACCAACCAUCAGCAGAAACUUUGGCCGACACUGGUGACACUGGUGACACUGGUGACACUGGUGACGGGGAUGCGUCUGCCAGUCCGGCCCAAACUGUUGGUGCGAAAAAGGAGGCGUGCGUCGGUGCGGAUGGCGUGUCGCCGGAGUCACCACACAAAGCAAGUAGGCAGAAGGCUGCACGGCGCGAGGCAGAAGAAGUCGCGUCAACCAUUCGGGCCGCCACCGCUGCCGCACCGUCAGCGGGCCUCCUUGCCAGCCUGGCGAACUUCGCUCAGUGGUACGUUCCACGCGAUCAAGAAGGAGACCAGCUGGGGCCCGCGGAGCACGGGCCUGGCCGUGACGGAUUAGGGCGAAGCAGCAUGACACCAGUGCCUGGCUCUGACCCUGUGGCGCAGAGGUUUCCAGCUGCACCUGCUCCCAGCACCGGUGGCUGGGGUGUUGUCAGGAGUGGGGUACCGCCCGAAGCUGUAUCAGGACGGCAUCUGGGCAUCAACCCAAAUGACCUGUUCAUGGACUUCAGUCUGGCUGUGCGGCAGAGCAGCAGCGGCUUGUUCAGCAGCAUGAUGCCGGGCCGGCCGGUGCCGGCCAGAAGAAUGUCGACCACUGCGGCCGGGACCAGAACCGCCCGCAGCAUUUUCGCGAGAGGGGAGGUGGCCGAGCACAGGCGAGUGCCAGCCCAAGCUACGACUACUGCCGUUGGCGUCGAGGCUGCAACAGCUACGCAAGGGAGGAAGGGGAAGGGCAAGCCGCUUGCGCUGGAGGAGCCGUACAUCAUCCAGCCUACCGCGGCUGUUUUCCAGAAGCUUUACGCGCUGCUUGUGAGGUCCCUUACCCGACUUGAUGACGGUACGGAUGCCGACAAGACAUCUACUGCAUCAUCGAUCCUGUCGCUCCUUCAGAUCAUGCGCGCCAACUUCUGCCGCCUUGUAGAUGCACACGUGGACCCAGCGGAAGUCGGACUGUUGCUGAACUACCACAGGCAUGGGGUUGGGGCGGCUUCAGAGGCUUCGGAGCAGAGUGGAGACGAGAAGCUCUUGCCAGACAUUUUGCACUGUCUGCAAGGUAUCAUGCUUAAGCAGGACGGCGAUCCAUCACUUUUGAAGGCCACGGUCGACACUUUUACCAGUGGCCUGCCUCUCUUAAUGCCACUUGUGCAGAACCGGUUGCAUCUCCUGCUCGGAUUGGUGUGGCAUCUGCAGUCUAGCGCGGGGGCAGUUUGCGACGUACCUGAGGGACUGGGCGCUGCAGGGGACCUGCCCGACUUGACUUCCACAGGGCGCGAUGCAUCAACACCUUUGGCACAGGUUCCACGAGAGCGAGUAACUCUUUUACGAGAUCUGUUGACCCACUUCGCUCGAACAGAUUCUGUGUUGCAGCUGCUCACCCUGUUUGAGGAAGACGAGGCGGAGCGAAGUGCGGUUUCAGAUCUGUUGGAAUUGAUGCUCACAUCCAUGGCUGACAGGGCAUGUCGAUGUGCCUCCCAACACGGAAGGGGAAACAGCGCCGGCAGCAGCUCGCGACCAGGCAGUGGUGAAUCGGACGGCGGUCCGAACAGCUACUGGGACCAACUGGUGGCCGGCGGGGCUGGAGGAACGACGCUUAGCUUCACCUUGCUCGACACAUGCCAGCAACACCUUUUGUGCAUGGUCUUGGAACGGGAUUGCACUGCGAAUGAUCCGUACGAGCUUUUGCUGUGUCAAUAUGGCCAGUGCCUCCUGCAGGUGUGCUGCCGCGUGCUGAGCGCGGAUUGUCCAUGGACUGAUACCGAAGCCGAGAACGACGAAAGCCCGUGGUGGAAGCUGGUUGGCGUACUGCUCGCACCGUUCCUUCAUGGCCUCUGCAUGUGUGUGGACCGCCCCAGGGUUGCGGAAGGCAUGCUUCCGUCUUUGGUGCGUCUUUCGGAGGUGCUAUCUCACCGUAUCAGCAGAAUUCCCGGGGAGGCGGCGGCGGCUUCAUACGCAGAAGAUAUUUUGCGGCGGACCCAGCUCACGAACCCUGAGGAAGGCCUUGCCUUUACUCCGUCUGGAUGGCAUCCAGUCCGGGCGUCGUUCGAAGUGGAUAAGGAUAGCAUGACGUCCUUUUCCAUAUCGGAGGACGGUCAGCUUUAUUCGGCACUGACCUCAAACAACACAUGCGCCCUUUUGGACGUCGGCGUAUCACACGGAAAGGCCGCAUGGGAAUUCGUGCUGGAAGAUGAUAGCCCCAGUGACGAGUGCUCCGUGUUUGGAAUCGCCACGAAGCCCCCGUACAGCCGUUGCUACAAUUCCAGCCAGUCUUUGUGGAUGAGGCGAGCGUACAACGGUGUUUUGUACAAUCGUGGACGCCAACUCCCUGCGGGGCAGAGCAUGUCCAAAAUACACCCUGGGGACGUGGUACGAUGCGAAGUCGACAUGGACGAAGGGACCCUGAGAUUUAGCGUCAACGGUGAGAAACAAGACGGAGGCUUUGAUGACGUCGAGGGCGAGGUAUUCCCUUGUGCGGGAAGCUAUCGGUCCGGUGUUACGAUUCGACUUCUCAAGAUGGAAAUGAUGGGAGGGCUCGGUCUUGGUGGAGGAGGCGAUCUUGGCGCCGCAGCUGCUGGCUCGGACCCAACGGAGACUGCUGGUCCUCCAGGAUCGACGGCUAAGGAGGGCAUGACAUCGCCCGAUGCCCAUGCAGAUGUGGGAAGAGUAGUAGUUGCCGAUGUUGAUGCGUGGGACUGGGUGUCGGUGCGGGCAACGCGAGGAUUCGCCGCCCUCGAGGGCAAGCAUUCCGUAGAGAUGGAGGUGACACCGGUCGGAGCAAGAAGGAGGAGGGCGGUUGGCAGCACCAAGUCAAGCGGCAGCGAGGACAGAAACACGCUCAGAAGGAGGUACCCGAUGGCGUUCGGUCUGUGCGCUGGAACAAUUCGUUCACUCGACGCUCCCAUUGGCCAGCUCAGAGGGAGCUGGGGCUGGUGGACGGACGGAUCCCUGCGAGCGCACGGAAAAGUUUUCAUUCCGACUGAGGCUGCUGGUGACACCCUGUACGGAUCGGAGUUUCUGCCGCUGAAGCCGUUGGAUGUGAUCACCAUGGUCACCGAUACUGUUGAGGGAACUCUUCGCUACCUCGUUAACGGAAUGGAUGCUGGCAUUGCUUUCGGACCGGCGGGGUCUGGGGCCGUCUGCGAGUUGCCUGAUGGGCAGGCACCUUUUGAAUGGGAUGCCGGCACUGCCUUGUUUCCGUCGUGCAGCUUGACGAACGACAAGCAGAUGGUCCAACUUCGACCCGGAGGCACGCUGGGCACGCAGCUGUGGCCUCUAUCCGUCGACUUGCACAAGACGGUUGCGUCGCUCGUGGGCAGACUGUGCGCUACCUUGAUUGCAGGAACCCCCCAAGAUGAAGCGGAGACUGCCCUUGAGCCAUGGCUGCGAUCGCCACUGCUCAGCGGGGGAGUGAAUGCUCCGGAGGACAUGGUGGGAGAGUCUGUGUGGCGACGUCUUGGCCACCGAUCGUGGGACCAGGCGUGGAGCGCAGAAAAGCAAGGCCGACUAGGUGAUGCCCGCCCUGCGAUGCCUCGCGCCGACUUUGAUCCCACCGUUGUGGAGGAGAAAUUCGUGAGUGGCGAUAGACGACCGCGGUCCGUGCCCGACGGCGGCAUUCGCCUCACAGCGCGGAUCGUGGAGGCGACGAAGAUGCCACAGGGGUUGGUUCUGUGGCCAGAUGCGCCAUGCGUUCGUCUGACUGCAACAGUUGACGGUCGAAGAGUCAGCUGCCAAGAAGAGCUUCUGACCGUUUCUGAACCAAGCUCACCGGUGACGUCCCGUGAAAGGGUAGAACUAGACCAAGGGGAAAGUCCCAAGACGCACGCCGAUGGCCGUCCAGGGCAGGGGGAAGUCGAGCUGGAGCUCCGCUGGCCGCAGAUGCGGGCUCUGAUCGACGGCGCAGACGCGGACGAGUACCUCCCCGCUUUGGCGCUCCGAGUAGAGGUAUUAGUUGGCAGAGUGGUUACGGCUGCGGGAGAGGUGGACUUGGGCGGUGAGCUAAAAGCAAGCCUGUCGGGGGCCGGCAGCAAGCGCACGGUGCUGAGCUUAACCGGUGGCGGCGAGAUGGUGUUCGCGCUACAAUUUCGCCGAGAAUCGGUUUCGCCUCUAAGUCCACAAGAGGCGCAGCAGCCACAGAGACAAGGAGGCGUGCCGACUUUGUCGAGUGUUUGCGAGGAUGGACACUCUCAGACAAACGACGAGUCUGUGGAGGUUGUACCCAUCGACGCCCGCCUCGAGCACUUCCUUGAGAGCAUCGCUGGGCGGGGUUUAACGGGGGCUGUGACGAGCCCUGCCAGCAGGGUCGACUCUAGUAGCUCCCCCGUGGUGUGCUCUACUGCUGAACCACCCUCGGUCGGCGUUGCCACGGGAGAUUCUUCCCUUGGAGGCAGGAGGAAAGCACCUGAGGAUAGAUAUGAAUCCUUGCUUCCCGAUCUGAUGGACUGGCUUGGGCGUUCUAAUCCCGAUCCGGCCUUCCUUCGAGUGGCGCUCGAGAAGACCGACAGCUAUUCGUUCCCGCUUGUAGAGGCACCGUUUCUAGCGGCUUUGCUCAAGCAUGGUGGGCUUGUGGGCGAGGCCUUUCACGCUGCAGAGAUGAUGUCGGCGGCAGACAAAGAGGCUGGCAUGGGGUCUUCCCUACCAGUCCCAACCAAGGACAUGGCGAAACUCUGGGCGCGGGUUCGGCAGCUACGAGCAUUUCUGCGGACUCAAAAGCAGGAGUACAAGGUGACAGCAGUGGAAGGCACUUCGAGCGAAGCCGAUAUUGCCAAAGGCGGAGGAGCUCUAAACCGUGAAACUGAAGACAUGCCUGAAGCUGGUGAAGUCGUGCAGGACGAAAAGAAUGACGUCGAGGCGGAAGCGGAAGAGAAGGAGGCGUUAUCGAGCGAUGCACAAGCGGUCGAUCGGGAGGCAGUCCCUUCGACUUUCGAUGACCUGUGUCACCAGAUGGCGGAGAGAGCGAAGUUUUUGCUGGAGUUGUCACCUUCGACGGUUCAAUCUCCUAGUGCCGCUGCCGAAGGCACGUCGGCUCUCAUGCAGCAUUUGGCAGAGGAGAUAUCGGAUCUUGCAACGCCAUCUCCCAGGAAGUUACAGUCUCGCCUGCUGCGAUGGCGUUCCGAGGACCGGGGGAACGAGCGAUGGAAAGGGGUAGUUGACGUGCUGCGCGUCCGAAGCCAGCUUCGACGAAGCUUGUCCAGCGCCCAUCGUCCGCGUGCCAAGAGCUUGGGGAACAGACCCGCGGAGAUAGCGGUGCUCCACGGUCACAGUCACGGUCACGGGUCCGACUUGGGGCUAGUGGGUGAAGACAGCAGCGUCUGCAGUUCAGGCGACGAUUCUGACGAUUCAGGGAACGGGCCCCUCCUUGAUAACGAGACCGCUGCGAGUGCAGCUAUCCAGGCAUGUACAGUCUACGUGGUUACGGGCGGUGCGGCCGCAACACCGCAAGCCCUCAAGGCAUCUCUUCGCAGUCGUACUGCUCGGGCUGCCAUGCGGACAUUCGGCUUGCAGGCACUGGCGUCGUUGCUUGGAACUCUAUCCCCGGCUGAACGGGGGGCCAUGUCGGUGGGGACAUCGUCUGCUGUGCAGGAAGCGCUUGUAUUCCUGAGACCAGCUUUCCAAGGGCUGCGAAUCAAGCGGGACAAGGAAGGAAGGGAGGUGGAAAUAACCAGCGACGCGCGUGACACUCGGCAUCACUACCUCAAGGGGCUCGAAGGGUGCUCCGCGGGUUUGCUGGCACGAGUGCAGGGUGCUUUUGAAGACCUCUAUGGACUGCUGAGAACGUUGCUCGAUGAUAGCCUGCGCACGGGACAGCCCGGGUUGGCCCAUGUGCUAAUGACAAGCUGGGCUUUGGACUUCGAAUCGCGCGACUACCAAUUCCUGGCGCACAAGUCCGGGAUUCUUCCCACUCUCCAGGCGAUGGUGACUCUCACGAACACGGCGUCAUUGGCCAGCUCUAGCCUUGACAGCCUCAGCGAUACAUCUCGCGAUACAUCUCGCGAUACAUCUCGCGGGCCUCAGAAGGACACAAUGGAUUCGAAAACCUCGGCGACGGCGCUCCAGAGCUGGACCCCUUGGUCGCUGGAGACCGUAAGGAGUGGCUUCUUGCAGGGCACACUCAUGGCACGUGAUGUGGCACGCCAUAUCAGCCGUAUCCCACCGUCAGCCCUACCCUCGGGGUUCCUCGAAGCGGCUGGCUUGCACGGGUCUGCGUCCGACAUAUUGGGGCGACACUCUAUGGCGGCUCUCCUGCGGAGGUACAGUGCACUGUUGCGCGUUCAUCUCAAGCAUACUGAAGCGAGGGUGACGAAGAUGGACCAGGAAGCGGCGUCGAGGCGAAAGCGCUUAGAGGAAGUCGGGCGUGAACGCGUGACUCAGAUGGUGGCCCGCGGGGUCCCGGUCCUCGAUGAGCGUGAAGGCAAGAAGUCCCCUGAAGUGCAGCUGACGGCGCUGUGUUCGUGGGCGACGGUGCCGGCAGUGGCAUCCGUAGCUUGUACCUUCGCCCGGGGCGUUACCUAUGCCUGUACGCCGGCUGGGGCAGCACUUUCCGGUGUUGCGCCAUCUUCAAACAGCGGCAACUACUUUGAGGUGACGGUGAUGAACCCAGGCGAAAAGACUACCAUCGGCAUUGGCCUGGCCGACCCCGAUGUGUUUCCGGCCACCAAACAGAUGCCCGGGUGGGUCGACCACUCGUACGGUUACCAUGGAGACGACGGGCGGUUGUUCGGGCGGGCGAAAACAGAUAGCAUCUGGCCAACCUGGGUGGACGGUGACGUCAUCGGCUGCGGGUUUGAUUCAGUUCGCGGCAGCAUAUGGUAUACUCGAAAUGGCGAGCUGCUAGGGGAUGGAUUCGUUCCAGUUUACGAAUCUAACUUGGUCCCGGUGGUAGGGUUUCACAGCAACGGUGAAAGCGUCCGCAUCAACUUCGGGGUUGUGCCGUUCGCGUACGAGGGUCCUGAGGUAGUCAUAUCUCCGGCAGUGCUUGCCGAACGCAAACUGUUGCAGCGGGAAGCACAGGAUCUCAGUCCCGCAGAGGACAAGGCAAACAAUGUUGUCGACGACGGCGACCAGACCGCGGACGAAGAAAAGACUGAAGGCGGACUAGCAGAAGAGAAGGAACGAAGCCCAACGGAUGAUGACACGGCCCGGAGUGAGAAGCACCUCGGGGAGCAAGCCGAAGCUGGUCCAAUAGAUCAUGCGCAAAAGGAGAUCACGCCGCAGAUGAUGGUGCCGUCGAUGAGAGUGCUGCAAAGAGGUGCUUCUAGCUUGCUGCGCUUCCUGGUGGCGGUGAGCAUGCGACAGGCCCCCCUGGCGUCUUCGGUGAGGUCGGAAGAGGUGGGACUACAAGCCUCCAGCAACGAGGAGCCUAGGCAACCGGAGAACACACGUCAGAUAGAGAGAGGAGGGCAGGAGCGGUCGAGCCCCAACGUAGAUGGUGGAACGGCGGCGGCGGCGGCUUUGCCGCCCACGAGAGAGCGGUCAAUGUACGGCACUCCUUUGAAGCAAAUGCAGACGCAUGUGGACAAUCUUCACCAGGACGUUUUCGACCUCAUCCUUCGUGAGCUUCGUCUGGGAGCUCUGAGCCUUGAGCACAUCGUCAGCACGUCGAGCCGCAUGGAAGCUAGAGAGUUGGCGAAUCAGAACGUCAUGGCGUUCGAUGGUGACUCGAAGGCACCCUCUGUUGGCAAGCCGCUUGUGGUAGGACGAGCAGUCAAGCCGGAGAUGCAGCGCAGCUAUAGCCAUGGGCACACCCAGGCCGCCGCUGGCAGGUGGAACGGCAGCAUCGCAUGGAAGGGUUUAGGUGGGACAGCUGGUUUCGGACGCGAAAGAGAGGACGCUUCAGCCCAAACCCUUGGCUUGUUGGCGCUGGAGGUCGGAGAAGUGGAGCCCCACAUGUUCAGGCAACUGGCUCUGUUGUGCUCCGUUCGCCAGUACGCCAUUGCUCGAACACAGCUGGCGCACCCGUCAGCGCUUCGAUCUAUUUUUUCGUUGCUCAAGGUUGGAUCGCCUCGAAUUCAGAGAUGCGUGCUGCUGCUUCUUGGAGCUGUUCUUCCAGGCAUGGAGCCCACUGUCGUAGACGACUACCUUCCACAAGGCUGGAGGGGGCGGAACCAAACAGGGGUCGCCACCAGCAGCACUUCAUCGGGGCCUGGGUCGAGGAAGGACCGAGAGGUUGUUGGUGUCGGCCAAUCAUCCUACCCUGCGGACGGUCUUGUAGGAGUGCUCUUCUCCACUGUAAGACAUGCCUACUCCACUCCGCCAUCUCUACCUGGGAACGCGCCGUCGGAUAGUGCCGGAACGGUUGACACAGGAGCAGGAAUGCACGUGGGGAAUGACUCGGCAAAGGACCAGAGCAGCAGGGGGCAAGGUUGGCUCGCUCCCGGCUGCAACCACGGUUUUGGCGGUGGCACUCUGGAUGUGUGUCUAGCGGAGCAGUGCAGCUCGCUCCUUCGAGAGUUGUACAAGGAGCCUGCCUGGAAGGAGCGUAUCGCGCGGAAGCUAUUGCUAAGCAUUCGAACGGCAGCAUCUAGCAUCCGCACAUCUUCUACAAGCCCGGACGUGGAUGGGCCACGCACGGGCUCCCCGUGUUCUUCUCCCACGGGGCAAGCAUUACCGGACGUCAUAUCGGACGCGGUGGCCGCGCUGGCGAUCAUCGCUGGCGGCUCCGGUGUCUUGUACCCGGGAGCCAAAGUUCAGUCCAAGUCUGGCGUGCGUGGGACUGUGGUGCUGUUUUCGGCUGGUGAUGCAGCAGCUGGAGUUGUGUUCGAUGGCGAGAAUGUUGAGAAUUGCGAGAGGGUCCUGGUUCGAGAUCUCGAAACUGCAGGAGUAGGCUUUUGUGCCGACCCAGACACCCCGGCGCAACCUGUUGUGGCGCAGCUUCUUUCCCUGCUCGCUGCCCUGCUUCACUCGAACGAGGUGUCUCAAGCGUUGAAAAUUGUCGACGCACGUGCCAUGGUGUGGUUGAGGGUGCUGUCACAAUGCCUGAUGGCCGUUCUGCAGCUAUCUGUGCAAUGCAGUGACGCCGUGGUUGCGGCAUGUCGAGAGGGCGAUGUGGUCGCCAACGUUCUACCCCAUUUGUUCGAGGUGGCGGUGUGCCCUGUUCAACUUCCCGCCCUCAUCACGGCACAGGAUUUCGAAGGGCGAUGGCGUUCGGCGCAAGCCAGGAUGCUUUCGGCCCUGCGCCUGGGACAUGGCGGUCUUCGCACUUUGCGGCCCAUCCAGCGACAUCCACUGCCGCCGCCUCCUGAAGCACCCACCACGAGGAUGGAGAGCCGCGACAAAGCGAUUGCACCGACGGGACGCCCUGCCCAUUCCCCCACGGAUGGUAGGGAUGCGUUGUCCGCCGAGGAGUCGAGAGAAGAGGCCCUGUUGCAUCCGCGCCGACAGAUCGAGUACAGCGACCCUAUCCUGGAAGUGGCGCGAUCGGCUCGAAGUGGUGGACGAGGUCGGCUCAUGACUCUGGGGGACCCAAGCCCGCAUAGAGGAUGGGGGCGGGGCUGGGGGUCCGGUAUGUCCGGCAGGCGUGUGGUAGGGGUGCGCGGGGCUCUAGACUGGGCAGGGCGCGUGACGAGAGAUGAGGAUGAUUCACGGCGCGAGGGAAGCCGUCGACGGCUAAUGAGGAGCGACUUGAGCCAUCGAAUGGCUGCCCGAGGUAGACGUGCAGCAUCCGCAGAGUCCCGGUUAGACCCUCGAAGGGCCGCCGCGAGGGGUUUGCUAGACUACGACGGCUUGGAAGGCUUGGAAGGGUUUGCGGAGUAUGGGGAGGACGAGUCGGGCGCGUUGUUGGUAGAGUUCAACGACGGCGCCGAUGGCGAAGGGACGGAAGGAAGAGAGGCCCCCGGCCUCGAAGGGGGCAGCGCUGCAAGCGCAGACAGUGGCGAUACUAGCCAGGAUGGAGACGAAACGCUGACCGGCGGUGAGGGCAAGGUGUCGGCGAAGUCAUCCUCUCUUCCUUCAGGGGCUAGUGAGAACGGUACUAACGGGGCAUCAGACACGACGACCGAGGACAACAUUGUCAGCGGCCUUAUUGGGGCGGAUGAAUCAGGGCCUCCAAGGGGUGGUGGUGAAGCGGCAAGCGUCCCGUCAGCUGACGAAGGGCUCAACCUGUGGGAGUCGGAAGGGGGAGUCCAAGAGGCAACAACGCCUUGUGAUAUGAUAUCAAUGCAGUGCGCUGGCCUCGUUUGCGAGCAUGAUCUUGUACCUGUCUUGGGCCUGCCCCGCCCACCGACCGAGAUUGGGGGCACGACAGGUACUGCUGUGACGACCAGUAGCCUGGUGCGAGAGGUGGAUCUCCUUGAGCCUGGCAGUAUGCUAGUGGUCACGGCGGGUGAGGGCUAUGCUCCUGACAAGUCGUGCCCUUGCGUGACCGUCGCAAGUGAAAUGGACUUCUCGGCGGGGUCGGGACGAACGGGUGGGGUUGCUCGGGACAAGCCCAGCGCAGGCGACAUGGACGCGCGCCGUGAGGGCGAAUGCCGUGCGGAACGAGCAAGUGUCACUAGGCCCUCUAAGACUGUUGAAGCCAAUCGGUGGUCGCCUCCACAAGCGGCGAAUGCUUCCGUGGUGGACAACGAUGAAGUGCUGGUGGAGAUGAUGGACGGUGAAACGGGGCUGUGCCUCGGGAAACGGGUACCCGUAGGGGACCUGAGACACUCCACUUCUUUUUUCGGACGGGAGCUGGACAGCGGAGGGAAUACCGUGAAACAGUUAUUGGGCGAUACAGACAAGGCCCUUGCUACGCUUCGAGCAAGAAGCCUUUUGGUGCGUCUCAUCCAGAGCAUCCCUACACCAGCAGUUUCAGCAGCGGGUGGGCCGCAUGGGCUCCUCAACAUCACGCGCCUGCUUGCUGCUCAAGACUUGGCGAAAGGCAAGGCUCCAGCGUCAUUCGGGAGCGUGUCUGAUGACGGUGGGAAUGACGCUGACCAAGCGUCGGUGGGGUCAGUCGCUGGUGACCAACACGGCGGGCCCAUGCUACCGCGACGCGGCAGCAAGCUUGUAUACAAGCCGCCAUCAGAUCAGGAUUCCUUGCUAAAGAUGCUGUGGCGCAAGGUGAUGGACUCACCCGAGCAAUGGAUCUCCGGUGAGGAGCAAGGAACUGGAAGUGCGGUCCUGGGCGAAAUGCUGGCGCAGGAGGUGUUGGACUCAUUCAACACUUUGACUACCACAUCGCAGGUCAUGUUCAGUGGGGGCUGGCCUCCCCGUGAACACUCCGAAACCCACGGCUUGGCACCGACAGGGAAAACGACGAACAACGAGAGUGGUGGUGCAGCAGCAAUUGAGGAGGGAGCACUUGCAACGGAGAGCAUCACCCACGAGUCUCUCCACCCGAUAUGUACACCCUUGUCGUACGGAGGGCACAUCAAAGUGGACCCACACUGUCUGGGCAUGGUCAUCAAGCUAGACUCCCGCAGCCGUACUCCAUCUGACCUCGUCCGUCUUCGAUUCUUCUCGUCGAAGGAAGACAUGCUCAACGAGCGCGACCCAGUCCGUGUCAUGCACGGACACGCGGUGGAGCGUGCAGCUCGCGCGAAGGCGAAGGGAAUGGAGUUCUUCAAGAUCGAGGAGCAGGAGCGAGCAUCUAGCAUCGGUCCUGGCAGCUCGCCUGGACCGUCUGGUUCUUCUCGGCGGCAUGUGCUCACAUCCCGAGCCAUGACGAGAGCGAUGUGCGAGGCACACAGCCAGAUGAUGGCUAGGCGGAAGACGCGGUCGAAGGAAACCCCCGCGCCAACUAACCUAGGGAGUUCGUUCCGGUCGUUCGCGCUGCCGGGGGUUCAUGAGCUAUGGUUCCGCUUCGACGCUCCUCCCGGGGCCGAGAAGCCACUCAUCCAGGUCGCAUCUGUGUUUGGGUCACUCGCCCCUGCCACACCAGGCGUGGUGAGAGCUAGCGGGAGUGCCGACACCCCCAGCACAGCCACAGCCACAGCCGCAUGCUGUGACCGCGACGAAGACUUGAUCCAGGAAGAACUGGGACUGCAGGCGCUUUUCACUUGUGUAGGCGAGGAACGGGAACGUGGUGAUGACUCGUCUUCUCCAGCCCACGUUCAGGAUCAGGAUGGCUCAAGGUCGAGCGAGUCUCGAAGGCAAGGCAUUGCGGAACUACCCGGGUGUCUCGCGACGGCUGCCGACGUGUGCCUUACCAGUGGCAGGUGGUUUUACGAAGCCACCGUCGGGUCUUUGGUCGGAUCUACGCCCGACGGGGAGGACGCGGACGACGGCCUUGUUCGCGUCGGUUGGGCUCACGUGGAUCUACCCGUGUCGCUCCGAGCCGGGGAUGUCUGGAAGGACGAAUCCAAGCGCUCAGACACGGGCGAGGAAGUGCCACGGUCGACCACCGGUAGCCCAGAGGGAGCCUCGGCGUCGUCAGCCACAGCCGACAACGACGAGCGCUUGAGGAAGAAGGCAAAGUGGAAGGGCGUGACGUUCCCGAUUCUUGGUUCGGACGCGAGCAACCUUGGGGUAGGGCUCGGACAAGAGGGAGGUGUUUGGCUCGGUGGCCAUCCAAGGGAGCAGAAGGCCGCCGGCUUCUCUUCGUCGGACGUGCUUGGGUGUGCGAUUGAUGUCGAUUCUGGCGCGGUGUGGUUCUCGGUAAAUGGGCGAUGGGCAGGGGGAAACCUCGGUGAACAAGAGAGUGCGGUCAUGCUGAAAAAGCUCGGGUGGGGGCAUGGCGGCGGCCUCAGCAAUGGCAUCACUCCGUGUUUUUCGGUGCGCGGCGAGUCGUGUGUGUCUGUCAACUUCGGAACAAAGCCGUUCAAGUUCCCCCCUCCAGGGCAGGGGUUUCUGCCAGUGAUCCUUCGCGACGAGCAAGGGGGCGAGCAGGAGAUUGCCGCCCUGACAGGAGCGGCAUCAGCACAAACGGGUGACAAGAGAGUGACCUUCGCUCCUGAGGCGAAAGUGAGCUCUGCAGCGAGCGGGGCCGUGCCAGAUGAUUGGGGCUUUCGUUUUGUGGUGGACCCUCUGCGCGGGGUGCACUACAGGGUAGUGAGGGACCUGGAACUGAUUUGCCGCUUCGGUGGACGUACGAGGAGCGGUAAUCCUCCUUCAGCAAACUCGACGUUUGGGCCCCAGACGAUAUCUAUCUGGAGGCCCAAGGCACCGCCGGGAUGGUUCAGCGUCGGCGACGUGGCGAGUCGAGGGCUAUCUCCCCCACCAGGAGCCGUCGUUGUCCGGGCGGACGCGACCGGUUGUAUGGUGUCCAAGCCUGCGAAGUUCCGCGUGGUCCAUCAAGACAAAGCGACCGGCUUCGUUGUGUGGAGACCUGUAGCGCGACAGGGGCAGGUAUCUCUCGGAGACUUUGCGUGCGCCAAGAAGGCGAGCAAGGGGAUUAUGGCCGGCGCGGUACGCUGCGUGGCGGCCUGGGCGGUAGAAGCUUGCCCUGUGGUGGAGUGCCUUUGGCGAGAGGAGAAACAGUCCGGUACCCACGCAAUCUGGUCCGCACAGAAUGGUCUCGGGACAUUCUUCGGGUCUCAGACUGGCGGCCGUAUGGGGAAGAAGGAGGUCACACAAGGGCCACACUCGCGGGUAGAACGGCAGAAGCGCAAGAAGAAGAAGAAAAAGAAGAAGAAAGGGGGCGGCGGGGAGGAAAGCUCGGAGGAAGACGAAGGUGAGCGCAUCAAGCUUCAGCCUGGCGUUGGCGAGGGCUGGGCGCUCAAGGGCGUGUCCGCCUCGUGCAUCACAAACGAGUGGUGUCAGGAGUCGGACGUCAUAUCUGGCCCAGCACCUCAGGGCUCGUCUGUCGUGCCGCCCAUACCGGCUACAGCACCACCUCCACCACCGUCUUCGGGGGUGACGAGUCCGGUACAGCUUGAGGAGCGAACAGCUCACGACGAAGAAGAAGAGGUAGCCGUGGCAGACAUUGUGGCAGACAUGGGUCGCAAGCCGCAACCGUCGGUAUCGUGGGCUUCCUGGCUCCUAUCGUUUCUUCUCGGUCACCCGCCCCUCCGGCGACUGGCGAUGCGAGGGGCUCUGUUCCGGACCUUGGUGGCCUACCUGCGCUCCCCCGGUGCUCCCCACCGGCUGCGCAUGGUGCCUCUCUUGACCCUUCUAGUGCGAUCUCACGCAGAGUUCGCAGACAGCCCGCCCCCACUGGAGGAGCUUUCUGGGCUCUUGGCUGCGGUAUUGCGGGAGUGCGAUAGGUUGACAUGCGGUCGAGGCCCUCGUAGCGCCGCGUGGAGAUCGGGUGACUGCCCCGGGGGGGUGCAGCUAGAGACGAGCUGGGCGAACGAGAGUCUGCUGCUUCUGACGGACCUCGCGAUAGCAACGCGGCAGGCGCAGGAUGCCAUCACGCAGCGCUCUUUGCCGCAACUCUCUUAUUUGGAGACGGAAGGAAAGGAGUGCUUGGAGACAACAACGCCGACGCCAGAGCACGUAGAUGCUGUUGCAGUCGCGGGCGAAGACGACGCGAAGAAGAACGAGGAGGAGGGGGAGGAGGAGGAGGAGGAGGAGGCAAACGGUGUGAGAAUAUCUCUCCCACCCUUCGGGACUCGCCCCGAGGAGGGUCCCGUGGAAGAAGCAGGUCAGGACGAGGCGGAGGAGGUGGGGAGUGCAGAACGGGAUCUCGGUGAUCGGAUACUGGUCAGCGUAAGAUCUCUAGGUGCGGAAGACCGGGCGCGACUGGAGGUGGAUCUGCGAAACUCUGUCUUACCCGACCUGACAACUUUCGCGCCACCUGUCGAGGCGGGUCCUUCGGCACCUGUCGACCCUCUGCUGCAGGGCGCAGAAGCGACGGCAGAAACACCGUCUCGUUGCUUGCAGCACCUGCUCGAGAUCAUGGACACCUUACGCGCUCUUCGCGACGGCUGGCCUUCCUCUCCGGAGGUGACGGGCACGUCUGUUGGAGUUGGAGCAGGAGACGAGCCCCUUCAUCUGGAUGCUAUCUUGUGCGAGGCCUGGAUGGAUGCCGUGGGCCCCGCGGUUGUCGUGGAAUCGGACCAUCCGUUUCGAAAGGGGACGUACUCUGAGACGCUGCACCUGCCCGGGGCCGAGGAGAUGGUCGUUUUUCUAGACCCGCGCAGCUCCAUGCAAGAGGGCACGGCAAGUCUUGUUCUGGAGGGCAAGGACAAGAUGAUCUCCCUUACCGGACAGCAAGAAGCCCCUUGGGGUGAAGUCAUCACAUUUCGUGGCGAUUCGAUCACUUACCGCUUUGUGGCUCAAGCUGAUGGAGAGGCUGCAGUUGCCAACUCUGUGGUGACGGGCGAUCCGGAGGUGGACGACUGGGGAUUCCGUUUCACGGUCGUUGGCGACGGGCCCGUGUGGGAGUGCGCACGUCUACAGAGUCAUGGUAGUCAGGUCGGUGCCGACGCGGUGGGCGAGGCACCUGGUCACGAAACGAGGCUGAGGGGAGCUCUGAGCCUUUUGGUGGAAGUAGACCAGAUGCAUCCUCUGCCGCCAGACUGCAGCUUGCACGUGUUCGGCUUUAACCCUGAGGGCACACCAGUUCAUGCUGGUCUGCUAACCGAGAACGGUGCGCAGGUUCCGAUUUAUGUCCAAGGAGACAAAGUUAGGAUUGUGCCUUCGCAAGAGGGUGCUACAAGGGUCGACCUGGCGGCGGAUUCGAAGGAUCCAAAGGAUUCGAAGGAAGGUGACGCCUUGGGAGGACCGAAAGCCGCACACGCGGCGUGCGAGAGCAAAGAUGCCUCGACAGCAGGCGUGAUGGCAGCGUAUGGAGAGCUUGGUGCCCUGCCCCCGGCACCGGGAACCCCCGAGUUGUUGGACCUUGACCUUGAUACCCUGCCGGACGCCGACGCCAAAUUGGAUCGAUUGCCGUCCAACACGCCAGUGUUGGGAGCCUGGGGAGGGGCGACGGGGGUAGAGCACCGGUGGCGGUCGGCAAGUGGAAUCGACGAUGGUACUGGGCCAAUGCCGGCUUUUCACGGGGUCUCGUACGUGAGCAAUGCAGCCACCGUGGAGGUGGCCGACAGCGACGCGGAGAGCAAGGACGGAAGCUCCAACAACAACAGCCCAAGCACCAGUCUGCGGGAGCGCGGAGCAUGGCCACGCUGUUCGACCCUUGAUAGCGUGAUUGCCACUGCUCUUCCCAUGCUCGAGGCCGCCAGCAGCGACAUGUCAGACAUGCCAGAUUUGGCAAGGCCGGGAGUCGAAAUCGUUGCCGUCGCCAUCGAAAGAAGCGUGGCAACCAACGCUCCCAUGCCCGGGGUUUCAACCCGAGAUGAGGUUAACCCGAGUGGGGUCGCAGUAGGCGACGACGGGACAGAAGAAAGCAGCCGUGGUGCCGCGAUCCAUCAAGAUCUGGCUGGGGAGCGUGCGUCUGGGGACUCCUCCCAACCACGCGAAUGUGCCGGUGCAAAGGAUGUGGCCGAGGGAGGCGUCGAAAGCGCUUCUGCUGCUGUCUCUACCGCCGAGUGCAGGUCGUCACGGGCGUGGGAAUGGGCAGUCCGGGUUCAGGCAGCAGCGAUGCCGCGCCAGGCGCGCUUGCGGCUAUUCUUGAACAAGCGUUUGUCCCUGCAGUCUCGGGGUGGCGCACCCUCCUUGCAACAGGCGCGUGACUGGAUGAAAGCAUGGACGCCAGCGAUGGACAACGGUUUGCUCAAUCUUCUUGAUGCUGCCAGCGGAGAGAAAUCUCAGAAGGAGGAAGCGACGUCAGGGCGUGUCGCCGAAGCGCUAAAUCCGUGGUGUUGUAUGCUAACUAGGGCGGAGGCAAAGUUCCAGCAGCAGCGGCUGGCCACAGUCCCCGCUGCCUCGCUGCACAUCAGGGCAGCUCUGCUUCUUCGCCUUAACGACCGAAUAGAGCGCGUGUUGCCGGUGAUCGACUUGGCGUCGAGACAACCGGACAGCUUAGGCUGGCAACUUCGCGAGAUGAACCACUUGGUUUUGCCGCACAUCAAGGUGCCGGUGUUGGAGGCUGCUCUCAUCGCCACACAGGGCCCUGGGGAUGGUGUCGCCGUGACUCUGGACAACAUCAAGGCGAUGGUUUCUCGAGAUCGCGGGGAAAGGGACCUAACUUCGAGCCAGUGCGUGUUCGCGCAAGCGUAUCGUCAGCUGUGUGACACAGACCCCAAGGUUUUGCGGACGGUGUGGGACGGGGAGCGUGUGUUUCAGAUCAACUUUGUGGGAGAGGACGGAGUUGAUGCUGGAGGUGUGUUUCGAGAGGGGAUGUCGCGCAUGGUGGAAGACCUUUUCUCGCAGGAUUUCGACCUCCUGGUGCCAUGUCCCAACGGACGGCAUGCCGUGGGCCAGAACAACGAGAAGUUCGUGCCCAAUUCGCAGCAUUCGUCUCCUUUGGCUCUGAGCAUGCUACGUUUCGUUGGCCGCCUGAUGGGAUUGAGCCUCCGGACCCGUCUCUGCCUGCCGUUCCAACUGCCCGGGCUAAUUUGGAAGCGCAUGUUGGGAUUGCACGUGGAUUUCGAGGACUUGUCAAUGGUGGACACGAUCAUCACGCAGUUCAUCACAGCGAUCAGGACCUGUGAAAACGAUGGACUGACUACGGACGAGGAGUUCAGAGGGAUGUACGGAGAUCGGCUGUUUUUCACCUACACGGGCAGUGAUGGUGUCGAACGAGAGCUCACUCCUGGGGGAGCGGCUCGACGAGUGACCUUCGAGAACCGCUUGACGUUCUGCCGCAUGGUGGAGCAAGCCAGGAUGCAUGAAUUUGACGCCCAGGCGAUGGCUAUGGCCGCGGGACUUUCGGAGAUCGUACCCAUCAAGGUGCUCCGGCUGUUCACAGCUGCGCAGCUAGAGAUCGCGGUUGCGGGAGAGCCAGAGUUCGACAUACCGUGCUGGAAGGAGCAUACCGAGUACAAGGGAUACCGACCGGACGACGACACGGUGCAGUUCUUCUGGAAGGUGAUCGAGUCUAUGAGCCCCGAAGACCAGAGUGGCUUCGUGCGGUUCGCCUGGGGGCGCUCUCGCCUUCCUCCGAAGCCGUUUUGGAGGGUCAACAUGAAGCUCCUGAGAAGCAACAUGAGCGAGGAGAGCCUCCCGGUGAGCCACACAUGUUUCUUCUCCAUCGAGCUGCCGCCGUAUUCCACCGAGGAGCGCAUGAGGAAGGGUCUUCUCACUGCCGUCCACUUCGGCAUGGGAGGAAUCCUGAACGCGUAGCUAAAUAAAUAGACUGUUGAGAGGCCGGUGGGUUGUGGAUGAUGGAUCGUGAAUCGUGGACGGGGCGGAACAUUGCGUGAUCGUGCUGUGUACCAUAUAUCGUUAGGUGUGUGUAUCGUUGUCUGGUAGCUCUUUGUGUACCAUACGGGUUUCAUAGUAAUAGUUAACAACACAUAAUACUUGGUACAGCAUCUAGUUGUUGCAGGGUUCGCGUUAUUUGUCUUAUUUGAAGUGCUGCUGUAGAUGAUGUGCAGAUGAGGGUGGGUCCGGGUGUCGUGCUUCGAGCUGGGUAUUUAGAGCUUAGCCGUGUGCGCCGGUCGCCCGUUGUUCGUUCAAUCAAGUGACCUCGUAACCUCG